GUGAGGGAAAGAGGGCUUCGCUCCACUGCACACCGGUCUGCGUGUAUCUGGACAACUUUUUAUUUUUAUGUUUUUUUAUACGAAAACAAAUCCCACUCUUCGGGAUUAUGUUUCACUCCAGAUACGUCUGGAAUGUACUGUAGAGAGAGAGAGAGAGAGAGGACUGCCAAUUUUGAUAGAGGGAAAUAGAGAGAGGGGAGUGCUAUUUUUUGAGAGAGAGAGAAAGAGAGAGAGAAGACUGCCAAUUUUGAUAGAGGGAAAUAGAGAGAGGGGAGUGCCAUUUUUUGAGAGAGAAGACUGCCAAUUUUGAUAGAGGGAGAUAGAGAGAGGGGACUGGCAUUUCUGAGAGAGAGAGAGAGAGAGAGAGAGAGAGAGAGAGAGAGAGAGAGAGAGCUUUGGAAAGAGAUCGCGACGAAGAAGGUGCGGGUUGGGGUUGUGAGGGCGAUGGCGGAUUCCUGCUGUCUAAGUCUGGGCCCAGUGUCCGGGUCGGGAUGGGAGCCAAGCUGUGGGCGUUUCCAUGGGCUAGUCCCGGCGAUGGAGCAGUCUAGAUCGGGUUACAUGGCGGCCUCGAUCGAGCCGGCGGAAGCGGUGACGAAGAGGAGGGAGGCGCUCUGGCUCGGCGCGAAAAAGGGAAGAUGGGCGCCGAUGGUGUCCACGUGGCACGGGAUCUGUGAUGAUCCCGACGGCGGAAGCUUUGGAAUGCCUGCGGCUAUGGUGGGCGUCUGUAGCAGAACCAUGGUGCCCGUCGCCUCCGCCGCGACAAGACGAUGGCCUUCUCCGAAUCCGAAAGCUAAGUGGAAAUCAGCUGUUAAUGCAAAGCUGGCGAUUCGAUCUUGGGCGUACACAGGCUCCUCCUUCUCCUCCUCUUCCCCCUCCUCGUUGUCCUCCUUUUUCUCUUUCUCCCCCUCCUUCUCCUCCUCCUCCUCCGUCUCCUUCUCCUCCUCUCGCAGGCUUGCAAUGGGGAUGAGAGCGAAGACGGAAACGAAGGAGGGAGAAGCAGGCGGUGGUGGUGGUCCUGAGGUCUCGUCCAGCACGAUCGACGUCGAGAUCCCGACAGAGGAGGUUGAGAUCCCGAUAGAGGAGGUUGAGAUCCCGACAGAGGACGUUGAGAUCCCGACAGAGGAGGUAGAAGAAGAAGAAGAGUCCCCAGCUGCGGCUGCAGCUGCUGCUGUUGGCUGCUCCGUCGAGAUCCGGACGACAAAGGAGGAGGGAAGACCGUCGCGACCUCUGGUGAAAGGUCCGUACUGGUCACGCGGGGCGAAGAUCCCGACUGCAGGUCUGCGCGAUGAGGAUCGUCUCAGGGUCGUUUUCGCAGCCGGAGGGACGGGCGGCCACGUGUACCCUGCCGUCGCCAUCGCCGACGAGGUCGUGAAAGCCGAUCCGUCGGCUAUGGUGGUGUUUGUCGGGACUCGCGAGAGGAUGGAGUGGAAGCUCGUCCCGGCGUCGGGAUACCCUAUCCGACCGAUCCCGGCCGCCGGGAUCCGGAGACCCUUCCUCUCCCUGCCGAAUCUGCUUCUCCCAUUCCGAGUGCUCUACUCUCUGUGGCGGUGCUGGAAGCUGCUUGCUUCCAUCAACCCCCACGUGGUGAUUGGCACGGGCGGUUACGUGGCAGGCCCGACGUGUCUGAUCGCGGCCCUCCGGGGAAUCCCUGUGGUGGUCCAGGAGCAGAACGCGUACGCAGGGAUCACCAAUCGAAUCUUGGCAUGGCUGGCGGCUACGGCGGUCUACGUGGCAUUCGGAGAGGCUUUGAAACAACUGCCCAAGAACAAGUGUGUUCUUGCUGGCAAUCCAACCCGCUCGAGAUUGCGCCACGUCAGCAGAGAGGAGGCAAGGAAGCUGCUCAUCCAGUUCAAUCGAAACGGUGAGAAAGAGCAAGCAGCAGCAGGAGGAGGAGGAGGAGGAGGAGAAGGAGGAGGAGGUGUGGGUGUGCUUCGUAUAGGCAAAAUCAUACGGCGGGUGGAUGGCGGGAAAAGGCUAGCACCUUGUGAUGCUGACGUCAGCAGAAAAACUGCCACGUUGAGUGAUGAUGAAGACGGUGCUGAGGAUAAGAAUGAUGAUAAAUUGGACAAGUUCAGAAUCGUUUGUGUGUUUGGAGGGUCGUUGGGUGCAAGGAAGAUCAAUAUGGUGAUGGAGGAGAUGACAGAGGGACUGCUGGACGAAAACCCGCAGUUGUUCUUGCUGUGGCAAACGGGUUCUGCUGAGUAUAGGAGCCUCAUGGAUGAAGAGGAUGAUGUUGAUGUUGAUGAUGAUGGUGCUGAUGAAUGUCAGAAACUGGAUGAUGAUGAUGAUGAUGAUGAUGAUGAUUGUCAGAAACUGGAUGAUGAUGAUGAUGAUGAUGAUGAUGAUGAUGAUGAUGAUGAUGAUGAUUGNGAUGAUGAUGAUGAUGAUGAUGAUGAUGAUGAUGAUGAUUGUCAGAAACUGGAUGAUGAUGAUGAUGAUGAUGAUGAUGAUGAUGAUGAUUGUCAAAAAGUGGAUGAUGAUGAUGAUGAUGAUGAUUGUCAGAAACUGGAUGAUGAUGAUUAUCGUCAGAAAGUGGAUGAUGAUGAUGAUGAUGAUGAUUGCCAGAAAGUGGAUGAUGGUGAUGAUGAUGAGGAUGAUGAUGAUUGUCAGAAAGUGGACGAGUAUUGGAGAGUGGAUGACCGCCAGAUAAUGGAUCUCAGGAUUGUUAGUGGAACAUUCCACGAGCACCCUGACAGAAGUGACGUAUCGCAGAGUAUUAAGUUUGUGGAGUGCAUGGAUUUGGUUUACGCAGCGGCGGACGUUGUUGUUGGGAGAGCAGGAGCCAUCACUUGCAGUGAGCUGCUAGUCACAGGAACUCCAUCAAUAUUGAUCCCGUCUCCAAAUGUGGCAGAGGAUCAUCAGAUGAAGAAUGCGAGGGCCAUGGUGGAUGUGGGAGCGGCAGAAUUGCUCUUGGACAAGGAUGUGACUGCUACUUCUCUUGCAGAGCUGAUUCGCUGUCUUAUCGCGGCAGAAUUGCUCUUGGACAAGGAUGUGACUGCUACUUCUCUUGCAGAGCUGAUUCGCUGUCUUAUCGCUGACAAGACAAAGUUAUUGACAAUGCGGCGAAAUGCGGAAGAGGCGGCGUCUCCAGAUGCAGCGAAAGACAUCGCUUCUGCAGCGUUGGAGCUUGCGAGGACAAAGAAGCAGCAAGGGGACGCGAACUGGCAAGCUACAGCGACAAAACAUAGUUAGCAGAGAGCGAGCGAUUGGCUGAUAAGUGGAUAAAAGGCGAAGCUCACGUCGUUCCUUGUGGUUCUGUUCCUGGUCCAGAGCAAGGACCACGAUGGUUAAUUCUGGGGUUCAUUCUGUUCCUGCAGCCUUGGAGCUCGCGAGGACAAAGAAGCCGCAAGGAGACGCGAACUGGCAAGCCACAGCGACAAAGGUUAGUUAGCAGAGAGCGAGUGAUUGGCUGAUAAGUGGAUAACGGACAAAGCUCACGUACCUUGCGGUUCUGUUCCUGGUCCAGAGCAAUGACCAGGAUGUUUAGUUCUGGGGUUCAUACUGUUCCUGGUCCAGAGCUAGGACCAGGAUGUUUAGUUAUGGCCCUUCUGGGGUUCAUACUGUACCUGGUCCAGAGCAAGGAUGAGGAUGGUUAUACCUCUGGGGUCCACCUUUGUCUUUCUUAUGGUUCUGCUCCUGGUCCUCAUCUUGCUUCUGGUUCCGAUGUCCUAUUCUGUCUGAGCAGAAUGGAAAGUGCUAAGCAGCAAUUGGGAUGAAAACAGGCAAGGGACAGUAAUUGGUUGGAGAAAUGGUUUUCCUUUUCUUUUCUCUUUUUUUUUUCCCCCCCUCUUUUUUUCUUUUUUUUUUCCCUCCGAUGGACCAUGGAUAACAAUGGUUUCUUUCCUUUCUGCAGUCAUCCGUGUCUUUUGGACAGUUCUGUUCCUGGUCCUUGUCUCUUUUGUUGUUGCGGUAAUUCUUUUUUCUGCCGGACCAGCAUGGUGAAAAAAAAAAAAAAAAAAAAAGGAAGCAUAGUGAGCCGCAAUUGAAUGAAAUGAUUUUGUUUAAAAUUAAAACCACCAGUACGUUUCUCAGCGAUUUUUCCCCGCCGCGGCAUGCAUGCAUGCAGCCACAAGUUUGCCUGCCGGACCAAAAUGGCUGGUGCCGCCAGCCAGCCAAAAGAAGGCCCGCGCCGGUAUGUUUCAUUUUGUCGAGCAGGGCAUUUUCAGGCUCAGCAGGGGAAGGAUCGGAGGUGCUGGUGGUUUAAGGGCUAGGUCUGAGCUGGACACUAUGCAACAUUCUAAAUGAAUGUGGACUGCAUGCUUGUCCCAACACAUUCUUAACGUUGGAUCAGUCUGAAUCUGAAGAUACUUUGCAGGCCAUGUUGUGAAGCGAUGGUAACUUCUGCGGUCCUCGUCCUCCUUAUACUUUCUGUUCUGUUCUGUUCCUGGCCUUCAUCUUGCUUGGGGUUCUGAUAGUCUUUUCUGUCCAUGACCUAGUCGACCAGCCAUAGUAAGCAGCAGGUGGAUGAAAUGAUUUCAUUGGAAGGGCUCGCUCCACUACGCAACGUUCUCUUUUUUUUCUUUUUUUCUUUUUUUGUUCGCUAUUUUUGCAAUUUUGCUCCGGUCUAUUGGUGUUGUCUGAGGACCAGCACUCGCUGGAAAACAGGUCCAGCAUCUCACUGACUAUCAGAAGGCCAGCCAGCAUUGAUUGUUCACAACAUUCUAAAUUUAUGUAUAUGGAACUGAUAAUGGUCCGGAUAUUCAGACUGUUGGAUAGUCCCAAGGUAUUUUGCAGCUGGUAUGGGCCAGAAUCCAGAUUCAUCGGGAAGGUUGUGUAGUGGAGCAAGGCCCCGAGUUCUGCGGAGUUCGUGGUCCUUGUGGUUCUGUUCCUGGUCCAGAGGAAGGGCAAGGGAGUGUAGGGCAGGGUGCAGUCUGGAAGCGGUUGUCGGUUUGGGCUGGCACGGCACUGCUCGGUGGGAAAAGCUUUUGUGAUCGAAGCCAGGCCCAACUUGGAAGGGUCAUUUUUUUUCCCUCCCUUCUUCUGAGAAAAGGAAUGAAGUGCAAAUGACCAC